UUGACGCCGAAUUUACGCGAAAGUUUCCGUGACGAUAAAAGGCGCGCUGUAAACCCUCAUUCGUCUUCUCUCCCGUCGCCUCUCUCGCGAUCUCUCGAGGAUUCAUGAUCUCUCGCUCCGGUGUAGGGCUUCUCCUCCCUCGCCGCUCGUCCCUCGCCGUGGAUCUGCUUCAACGCCAUCUCCCGGUAAAAUUCCUCGCCCUUCUCUCCAAUUCGUCCUUUUGGGUACGAUUGGGUUGAGUCGCGGGGAGCUGGUCGUUCGCGAUGGAGGGUCGCUGGGAUUUCUUGGAAUGGCUGGGACCGGACGCCUCCACGGCGGUUCUCAUGCUCCUGGACGAUCCGGCUGAUCUCGUGCGGGUCAGCGCCGUGUCCCAAUCCUGGCGCCAGUUUGUUAUUGCAAAUAGUUUUGGCAAAAGUUUAUGCUUAAGGAUUUUUCCUGAGGUGUCAAAUUUUGCUCGCGUUGCUGAAGUAAGUAGCAGUUCCAACACUACAGAAGUAGGAUCUAGUGCUGUUGCUGAAUUGGAAAACCUGGGGAGAGAACACCGAGUGUAUCUGUACUUAGGUCAUUGUCUUGGUUCACCUAAAGGUAAAAGAGACUGCAUUAAUCAGGCGAUCUGUGCUUCCAGCACCGAUAAUUUUCCAGAUGAGAGCAUUGAGAAUACUUUAGAACCCAGUGAAAUGGUGGACCGUAGGCCUUCUUAUUGGUCGAGUGGGGGACAGAGAAAUCCUGGAGUACCGGAGAGUCUGACGUACAGGCUGGUUGCAAAUAUCUGUCUCGUCGAGGAGAUAAAGAUACAGCCAUUCAGAGCAUUUUUUCAGUAUGGUCAUCCCAUCUACUCUGCCAAAUCUGUACGUUUUCGGAUGGGCUAUUCCAGAUCAGCACAUGGAAAAAGUACUUCUAUCACAAAUGAGUGUGCAGGACAUCAAUCAUCUCUUGAUGACAAAUAUUGCUGGACGUAUACUUCACCGGAAUUUCCAAUGGUGCAGGAAAAUGUUUUGCAAUCUUUUAAGCUUCCUAACCCUGUUAUCUGCAUUGGUGGAAUAUUGCGGAUUGAGUUGCUGGGUAGGGUCCAGAGACAAGCAAUGGAUGACUUAUAUUACAUAUGUGUGUGCCAUGUUCAAGUAAUUGGUCGUCCGCUAUCACCUGCAUUAGAUCUCGACAUUCAUGAGGGCACUGGUAGUUUGGUCUUGAAGUACUUCCCACAUGCAAGCAGCUGCAAGACAUCCGAGGGUUCCUCAGCAGAUGAAGCUGGAGAGCCAUCUUCAUGGCGUUCUUUUGCUGUGAGGCUCAGACAUUUAAGGGCUGUCAGGAGAUGGAACCAAGCGAUACUAAGCACGCUGCUCGGACCCAUACAGUUUUCUGAUGAUGAUGGCGACGAUGAUGACUAUGACGACGGCUUGGAAGAGGAGACUUCUGUCUAGUAAGCAGCAGCUUACUCCCCCUUUAUACUCAUCAUAGCAUUAAGUGACAGAGCCUCCCCUUCUGUCUUUGGGUCUGUAGAGCUGCAUGACGUUUUCUGCUUUGGAGUCUUAACAUACACUUGUGCACAAUGAACUGAUAUCUAUCAUCCAUGUUGGUUGCUUCA